GCUGUCCGUUUGCCGACCAUCAUUCGUAAUCACACCACCGCCUACACCGGCGCCAUCACCAGCAGACAGAGCUGACAGUCAGGAAGUAAUACACCGUUACCGGAGCAAACAUGUCGUGCCGAUAACUAGAACUAUUACCCGCGAACAACUCCAGAGAAAUCUCAUAGCUCGACAGCGGCCACUCACGUGCCCAUACGAGACAUUACCAUGAUACUUCGAUUCGCCUCCCGUGAGGGCCAGUUCCGUCUGAACGUUGAGCCGACUACAGACAUUGCCAGCGUACUACCACAAGUGAUAGAAAAGCUACCAAAGAACGUCACCCCCUCAUCCAUCACCAUCAGCCCGAAACCGCAUGGCGCAGAUUCCAGACCUAUGGAAGCGCUAAGAGGCGUGACCUUCGGACGGCUAGGCCUCACUCAUGGCACGCAGGUCUUUCUUGAGUUUCAAGUGGACCAGCCGAUGACGAACGGCCACUCGGUGUCUGCGAACAAGCUCAGCGGUCGCGAAGUGAAGCCGGAGGAGGACAUCUCAAGCAUCACUAUACCCACUACUGUCGCACCAACCCUGAUCAAGAACCCCUGGGAGACUGUCAAGCAAUCACCACUAGACGACCGGUUAGAUCAAAAGGAUGGCAAGAUCACGCGCAAACGGGACGAGAAGAUGUGUAGGCACGGUCCGAAGGGUAUGUGCGACUAUUGCAUGCCGCUCGAGCCGUACAACAAAGAGUACCUGGACGAGAAGAAGAUCAAGCACCUGUCAUACCACUCCUACCUGCGGAAGGUGAACCAAGGCAAGAAUAAGUACGAGUCUGGAAGCUCGUACAUGCCACCUCUGACCGAGCCUUACUAUCGCGUGAAUCCGAAUUGCCCAUCAGGACAUCCACCGUUCCCAAAAGGUAUUUGCACAAAGUGCCAGCCGUCAGCGAUCACGCUUCAACCGCAGGAGUUCCGCAUGGUCGACCACGUUGAGUUUGCUAGCCCGGAGAUUGUCAACUCCUACCUCAACUACUGGCGGAACUCAGGUGGCGCGCAACGGGUAGGGUAUCUAUACGGACACUACGAGGAGUACGAAGUUGUUCCAUUGGGUACGAAGGCAGUCGUGGAAGCCAUCUAUGAGCCGCCACAGGCUGACGAAAUCGACGGAGUUACGCUCGGCGAAUGGGACAACGAAGACUCGAUCGACGAGCUAGCGUCAAAGUGCGGUCUACAGCGGGUAGGCGUCAUCUUCACCGACCUAGUACGACCCGACGAUCCAGCACAAGGAAACGCAAUCUGCAAACGGCACAUCGACUCCUUCUUCCUCUCAUCCCUCGAGAUCCUCUUUGCCUCCCGCUACCAGGCCAAAUACCCCCGACCCAGCAAAUGGAGCGAAACAGGCAAGUUCGGCAGCAACUUCGUGACCUGUGUCGUCUCCGGCGACGAAGAAGGCCAGAUCGCCAUCUCCGCGUACCAAGCGUCCAACUCGGCAGUCGAGAUGGUGCGAGCGGACAUCAUUGAGCCCUCUGCCGAGCCCAGCGUGAUGCUCGUGCAGGACGAGGACGAAGACAACGAGCUCGGACGCGUACGAUAUAUCCCCGAAGUCUUCUACCGUCGCAUCAAUGAGUAUGGCAGGAGCGUGCAGGAGAACGCGAAGCCCAGCUUUCCGGUCGAGUAUCUACUGGUGACGCUGACGCACGGGUUCCCGAACGAGGCUGCACCGGUGUUUGUGCAGAACAAGUUUGCGAUUGAGAAUCGGGAGGCUAUUGGCGAGGCGCAGGAACCGAGGGAUUUGCAGACACAGCUAAAGGCUGGCUCGAAUAAGGUUGCGCUGGAUACGCCGCAGGGGGUGCUUGCGGUGUCUGACUUUCAUUUGUUAUGUUUUGUUCAUCAACUCGACGUGUUAAGCAAGGAGGAAGAACAGCUCCUCUGCCGCGUCGCCACGACCCACGACGCCGCGCUCGGCGCACAGCUCAUGCAUACACCAGGUUGGGCCACUCUCCAGACUAUCCUUCAGAUGUAACAUGAAGCAUUGCCACCGUAGCACACUGUUGCAAUAGACCCUGCUGGAUGUCAUUGAUUACGAUUAUCGACCAUCUCAAGGGUCGAAUACCGAAGAGACGCAGUCCGAAUGGGGUGGAUGGGUUGGCGAAGCGGGUGAGGACGGUAGAUCUGACGGGGUAGUACACCUGCGGCGGCACUCACGCGAGACGAGUCACGAGCAGCAAGUCACCGAGGC